UAACUAGAUUCGGUGGAGAUAUGCAGUUACUGAGUAAUAAAAUGGGAGGAAUAUCAGUUACUCAACAAGGGUUCCAACGCAUGUGGGGUCAGGACAGUGUAGAUUUAUUACAGAACAGACAUAUUCUCCCAGCUGAAGAGAUAAAACCUCCCAAACCUAAACUUCAGGCUGAACAAUGGAAUACAAUCAACUGUUCAAGGGAUAUUUUUAGAUGUACGUUAUCAAAGAUUCCUGAAACGGAUUCUCUUCUUAAAAAAGCCAGGUUGCCCCUGGGAGUUUUAAUACAUCCGUACAAGGAUCUGUCUCAUCUACCCGUUAUACAGUGCAGUACUAUUGUCAGAUGUCGAUCCUGUAGAACGUAUAUAAAUCCUUUUGUCCAUUUUGUGGAUCAGAGACGGUGGAGAUGCAACUUAUGUUAUAGAGUGAACGAACUACCGGAAGAGUUCCUGUAUGAUCCAGUUUCUAAGAGUUACGGAGACCCGUCCCGGAGACCAGAGUGUAAAUCCAGUACAAUAGAGUUUAUAGCACCUCAGGAAUAUAUGCUACGACCUCCCCAGCCAGCAGUUUAUCUUUUCUUACUGGACGUUUCAAGACAAGCUUUAGAAUCUGGUUACUUGCGGAACUUCUGUGAUAUUCUCCUUGAUGAAUUAGAUAAACUGCCAGGAGAUUCAAGAACUCAGGUCGGAUUUAUAACGUAUGAUAGAACUCUACAUUUCUAUAUGAUCCCAGAUGGGGCUUCUCAAGCUUCUCAGCUUAUAGUUGGCGACGUUGAUGAUAUUUUCCUUCCUUCUCCUUCAGAUCUACUAGUAAACCUUCAAGCCUGUAAGCAGCAGAUAACUGAGAUGCUGACCGACCUACCUGAGCUGUUCAACGGAAGCCAGGAGACAGACAGUUGCCUAGGGGCUGCUCUACAAGCUGCUUAUAAAAUGAUAUCUCCUACCGGAGGCCGAAUAACGGUUGUACAGUGUACACUGCCCAGCUGUGGACCAGGGGCACUCAAGAACAGGGAGAUGGGACAGAGUAAAGAUGGGUUUGAUUCUGCACUGCUCGGCCCUACAACAGAUUUCUACAAGAAGCUUGCUCUAGAAUGUUCUGGACAGCAGAUUGCUGUGGAUCU